ACACCCACUAACCAACGACGAGGAGCCACGUAGCAGCAAGCACAUCAUGGCAAGCUCAGAGGGCCUUUCAGUGGAGCAGGCCCUCUCGCAGCCAGUUGAGGAGAUGCUGCCUGGCGAGACUCCGGGAGCCUCGUCAUCACCAGUCAAUGGCCAUGCGGCCGCAACUACUCCAACAUCACAGGAGGACGCGAGCAACGAAGCAGAAGCAAGCACAUUGAGCAGAGAAUCAUUGAUGGACGAGCUCACCAGGGCAAGGGAAGAGCGGGAUGGCUUUGAAAGUCAGUACAAGGGGUUGUUGGGCAAGCUCACUCAGAUGAGGAGCACGCUGGGCGACCGCUUGCGGCAGGAUGCUGAAGAGCUGGACCGUCGAGAAUCGCAGAUCGACACCCUUCAGACACAGAUUGAUUCCCUCACUUCGGCCGUAUCCACUCUCAAGACAGAGCUCGUCUCAUCUCACAGCGACAAUGAGCGCGUGACCCGCGAGCUGGACAGCUUGCGCACCUCUUCGGCCGCAGCACUCGAAGCGGCAACAAGGCAGGCCGCCGAUGAAGCAGCAGCCGCGGCUGCAGCAGCGCGUACGAGCUCAGAGUCCGACCAGGGGGCGAGGGAAGCUCAGCUGCACUCGCUGACGCAGAGUGUUGAAGCGCUCAAGGCUCAGCUGGGGACGUGGCAGACUUCCUACCACGAUGAGAAGUCACGCAGAGAGGAGUCCGAGGCCAAUCUUGAGCGGCUACAGAUGGACCAUCAAUCCCUUUCCUCUUCUCUCGCCCAGACUCAAGCCUCGCUGCAGCGCGAGCAAUCCACAUCCCGCAACUUGCAGCUCGUCCUCGAGGACUUGCAAGCAGAUCAAGAAGCAGAACUGCAGCGCAGCCUCGGAGAUUAUCAAAGGAAAUAUGAAGCGACGGCUAUGGAGUUGGAGGAGCUGAAGGUCAAGGCAAAGAGUUGGGAGAAGCGAUGUAAUGAGGGGAGGGACAGCACUGAGAAGGCCGGAGUGUUGGAGAAAGAGGUGCGGGAAAAGAAUCUGUUGAUUGGAAAAUUGCGACACGAGGCCGUCAUCCUCAAUGAGCAUCUGACAGAAGCCCUUCGUAGGCUGAACCGCGAGUCGACAGACACCAAUGUAGACCGACGUCUUGUCACGAACGUCCUGCUCCAGUUUCUCACCACUCCAAGGCAAGACGCCAAACGCUUCGAGAUGCUCAAUCUCCUUUCGACAAUUUUGCAGUGGACGGACGAAGAGAAGGAGACCGCUGGCGUCGUUCGAGCAGGACAAGCAUCUGGGUCUGGGUCUUCAUCUGUGGAUGGAGCAGGCAGGAGCCGAUUCGGCCUCAGGGGGAGCGCGAGAAUCGCAUCCGGCUCAGCCGGACCGUCAUCUAGCGCGGCAGUGGGGCAAGAGGAAUCCUUCUCCAACCUCUUCGUCGAGUUCUUGCUUUCUGAAGCCGAUAAAGCCAAGCAACAGCAACAGCAAGGUCAGCAGUCCGUUCCGCAGUCACCUUCAGCGAGGAGAGCUAGCGGUAGCGGCCCGACGUCGCCGCCGUCAAGAGAAGGCGCAGCGCCGCACACCGCCCCGCCGACCAAGACGUCAUUUGACUCUGGAUCCUUUGGCUCCUCGAGACGGAAGGAGAGUAUCAGUAGCGCGGCUGGAGUGGGAAGGAGCCCAACGAAGGAGUUCAAGCGGAUGAAUCUCGGGCCGGGGAGUAUAAGGGAAGAAGGGACGAAUGGGGAGAAGGGGAGAUGAUGGGACGGUGUGUCCCUACAUGAGCUUCAAGAGUGAAGCCCAAUUGUCAAUGUACUAGUAUCCAACAUCAGCCAACCUUUCCUCGCUCGGCAACACGCAGCCUCGGCCUGUUCCC